AGUUAAAUGACCUAGUUGUCACCGUUUCACACUAUAAAUUGAAAUUGGAAGUCUCUUAUUUUUAUUGCUUUACGGCUGAAUAUAAGGAAAGCAUCUAAUAUCAAUAAGAAAAUGAAUGUUUCUAUACCAGACAACUUUGGCUAUGUUAUCUUAACCAUUAUAUCAUCAAUGUUUAUGUUGAUAUAUAAAGGAUUAAAAGUAGGAAAGGCAAGAAAGAAGUACAACUUGCCAUAUCCUGCAAUGUAUCAUCCUGAUAGUGUUGUCUUUAAUUGCAUUCAACGGGCCCAUCAAAACACUCUGGAGCAGUAUCCACAAUUUUUGGUUCUUAUGUUGUUUGCAGGUAUUAAGUACCCUUGUGGUGCCACUGUUUUGGGUUUGCUCUGGAUUGUUUCAAGAAUCGUAUACGCUCAUGGCUAUUACACAGGAGAUCCAUCAAAAAGAACUCGUGGAGCUUUUGGAUAUAUCGGCUACUUUGGUUUGAUUGGCAUGUCCAUUUCAACUGCGCUAUCUCUUUUGCAUUUCAUCUAA